AUGAAUACAAACUUGUUUGCAGAGUCAAUAUCAAGAAGGUCUUCUUUCUGUCCUCCUCCUCCUAAUACACAUCACCAUCAUCAUCAGCAGCAGCAGCAUCAUCAUCACGAAGACCCUGUUCUGUCACCACCACUUACGCCAGCUCUUUCGCAGCAUCACCCGUUUGAUAAGAGACAAUCUGCCGACUUAGGCUAUCCUUCAAGUCACUACAAUGCUCGACCCACAUACAAUAUGGACUACCAUCACUGGAUGAACCAGUCCAACAUGUCUCAUGUAUACCAUCCUCAAAUGAAUCAACCUCCAUCUCAACAUAUGCAUCAUUCCUUGCCUAUACCCACACCUCAGCUGCCUCAACAGCAACAGCAACAGCAGCAGCAACAGCAACAACAGCAGCCAUCAGUCCCUGCUCCGCCUACUACCACUACGCAGCAGCAGCAGCAACCAUCCAGAGUAAACACCAACACCAACAACGCAGAGAGAGCAACAACUCGAAAGCAACCCUCCAAGCAAAACAAGCACUUGUGUACAUUUCCUGAAUGUUUAUGGAGCUUCAAGCGGUUUGAACAUUUGAAAAGACACAUGUUGGUUCAUACCGGGGAGCGUUCUCAUGUUUGCCCUCACCCUGGAUGCGGUAAACGGUUCAGUCGAUCCGAUAACUUUCACGCGCACUACCGUACUCAUGAAAAGAAGGCAUUUGCAAGACAAAAGCAACAACAGCAAGCCCAAGCCCAAGCUCAGCAGCAUCAGCAACAGAAUCCGAAUACAUCUUCAUCUACUUCAACGAUAUCUUCUGCGGCUACUCCCACAUCUAAUACUUUUUUAGUUAAAGAAGAAAAAGAAGGUUUUAUGCAUCCUUAUUAUCAUCACAGCCCAUACCCUUUGCUACCAACACCAUCUAAACAACAGGAGCAUUUCAUGAAUUAUCAACAGCAGCAACAACAUCAACAACAACAAGACUACCUGUCUACCAUCACGCAUACAAACAACAUGACUUCAGACAGUCCAACACCUUCUAAUCGCUUAUUAGACUCAUCCUCAACCACAUCUACCUCAUCUACCUCCUCCUCUUCCGCAGGCAAACAGCAAAAGAAGCCUCAUGCUUGUAGUCAUCCCGACUGUGAUCGUAGAUUUAGGCGUCUAGAACAUUUAAAGAGACACAUGCGCACUCACACCCAUGAGCAACCCUUUAAAUGUAACUUUCCUGGUUGUUUGAAAGCAUUCAGUCGAUCUGACAAUUUAACACAGCACCGAAAGACACAUGAACGACGUGGAUCAAAGUACAACAGCAACACCAACACCAACAACAAUCAAUUAGAGCCAUCCUACAAUAUGCACACAGGCACUCCUCCUUCUCCUAUUGCCGCUGUAAAUGGAAGCUCUAUUAAUAAUGAUGCUGCUGCUGCUGCUGCUGCUACCGCCGCUGCUGUUUCUGUAGCUAAUGUUGAGCCAUUCACGUUGGUAGAUUUUAUUCGUGAUAAUAACUACGAUACCCUCCAUAAAGAACACCACCACCAUCAUCAUCAUCAUCACCACCAUCAUCAGCAACAACAGCACCAUCCACAUCAUCAUCAUCAUCAACAUCAUCAACAGCAACAAUCUCAAAUUUUGAGUUGGCAGCAUCCUGGUGAUACUUCAACCGAAAGUGUAGGUUGCUAG